AGGCUACAAAUCCAGCCUCAAUAGUAAAUAUGCUGUUACUUGAAAGCCCGUAGGCUACUGAGACAUAUACAGAUGAAUGACAGGUGUUUGAUAUUAUAUGUAUGCUUAUAAUACGGGGCGUUUUAUGAGGUACAACACUGUUUAUUCCGGGGUGUGGGUGGGGGUGGGGUGGGGGUGGGUGUGUGUAUAUUAUUGGUUAAAUAGCCUAACCCGAUAGUCGAAUCGGUUUAUGCGUAUGAUCUUUGAUCUUAUGUUCACCCAUUGUAUGGGGUGCCUGCAUAGCCUUGUAGUUAGAACGUUCACUCAUCAAGUAAUAUUAUAUAAUUAUAUUCUCAUACAGUGAGUCAGAGACCAUAUUACAUGGUCUCUGAGUGAGUAAAUACGGCUGUUAACUGAAUAUCAUUUAACUUACAACUUUUAACUUACUUACGGACAACAGUAAAAUUAUUAACUUAAGUCUGCUUUCUCAUUCCGUAGUAAUAUUGGCGCACGUUAUUCCUGAAUCUCAAUAUUGCGAGUGGAUUGACUAUUCAGGCUUCACCGUGGCUAUUCGUCCCUUCAAGUGGACAUUUUCCACUCGCCGUCAGUCGAUAACAGAGCAUAGAGCAUUGCGAGACGGUGCGCCAAGUGCAGCGAGCCUUAAUCACCUAAUAUUGACUGCGCGCUCAUGGGUCGUUCCAAUUUGACGAAUUAGGUGACAGGUAAAAUGUGUCUCGACACGUUCGUGUGUUUGGGAGAUGGUUGUUCAUAACACUCUCCCUCGCAGCUGCAGAUAGUUAGUAUGGAUCGGAUAAUGCAGAACAUUUGUGACAAUGUUACCACGACCAUGGCAGUCGUCGGGUCUGUUUUAGUUGCUGUGUGGAUUUACAGCAGCAGACGACACUCACAACUUCCGCCCGGACCGAGAUUGCGCUUCCCUUUGUUUGGAAAUAUGUUUUCAGUAACGCGGGACAUUAAAGAAGCAUUACAGAAAUGGAGGAAGGAUUACGGUGAUAUAUUCUGUAUAUACCUCGGACUGCGUCGUGUCGUGGUGAUAAACGGUUAUGACAUCAUAAAAGAAUGCCUUGCAACACACGGGCACUUGUUCGUCAAACGACCGAACGUGUUCGUUUCUGAGUAUCCCAAUCAUGGGCGCGGCAUUCUGAACACGGCCGUGACAGUUGGGAUGGAAGAAAAGCGAAUAGCGGAGGUCUGUCUCCGGGAUUUCACAAGAGGAUCAGGAAAGGAUAUUUUGGAAAUUCGGACUGGCGAAGAAGUCAGUCAUUUACUGCGCCUUAUCAACGACGAACAUUGUCGAAAUGUGGAUUUACGAUCUUUUAUUAACUUUGCUGUCACUAAUGUCACAUGUUCGAUUCUAUUUGGCAAACGAUUCGAAGAUGAUGAUCCAAUAUUUGUUGAAUAUUUGAAACGACGACAAGAGAAUUUUAGUUUGACGGCCAUUUUAGAGUUUAUGCCAUACCUGCGUUACUUGCCGGGAGAUAUAUUCAAUAUGAAACGGCUGACCGAAAAUAUUGCAUUUACAGAGGAUGAAAUAAUCAAACCUUCACUAAGACGCCUUGAGAAGGACUUUGAUGACCACAAUGUGACAUUCGUAUCGGCAUAUUUAAAGGAGUGCCAAAAUCUGGGCUUACCUGUUAAUCACGACAAUCUUAUUGAUAUUGUUACAAAUUUGUUGAUUGCUGGUUCGGAGCCCACAGCUGUUGCUAUCCAGUGGGGUAUUCUUUAUUUCAUAGCUUACCCAGAUGUACAGGACAGAUUUUAUCAAGAAAUCAAAGAUAACGUAGGCUUACAUCGUGCUCCAAACAUGUCCGACGUAGAAAGCCUUCCUUACGUUCAAGCCACCAUUUCCGAGGUACUGAGGUGUGUGAACGUGAAUCCUUACGGUGCCAGGCGAUUUGCUUCCCGUGAUGUUAUGUUCCGGGGAUACCUUAUUCCACAGGACACUCUGAUAUUACCUGUAUUAGAAUCAGCGUUGUUUGACCAAGAACAUUGGGACAACCCAGACGAAUUCAAACCGGAGAGAUUUCUGAAUGAGAAAGGACAUUUCGUAAAGCACAAACAAUGGAUUCCUUUUUCUAUUGGUCAAAGUUCCUGCUUAGGAGAACAAUUGGCAACUUUGGAAAUGUUCUUGUUUCUAUCAGCAAUGAUUCAACAAUUUCAGUUUAGGAAAACAGAAAAGUCCAAGCCUCCGUGUUUCAGAUCAGAUACAAAUUUGUCGUUCACACCUUAUCCGUACUGUGUCCAGCUGAUUGACAGGCAUCGUGCAAGUGAGCGUAGGAAUGUCACUCCAUCAAGUCAUCUUCGUGAUACAGUACAGUAAACCAAGCUUAUAACGAACUCAAAGGGACCACUAUUUUUAGUUCGUCAUAACCAUAGUUCGUUAUACGCAUUUUUAAAAUUAAAAAUUUACAGUGACACUAAGUGUUUAGGACAGAAAAACCCUAAAUAUUUCAUUGUGUGCAAGUUCGUUGUAAGCGUUAUAACGUUGUUUGCUGGACAUACAAUGGUGGCCCAGUUGCUAAAGUGUUCACCAAAGACGUGUUUAUUGCCCCAAAAUGUACAGUGUCUCAGCCGAGUCUCGUCACUGCAGACCGCCUCCGU